CGAGAACGAACGCCGGAUGAACAGAAGCGCGACCAAGACCACAUGCUGGUACGAAAUCCUGGGCCUUCCUCAGCUCGCGGACACCGACGCGGUGAAGAAAGCGUUCCGCCAGAUGUCGUUGAAGCAUCAUCCAGACAAGGGCGGUGAUGUCGACAAGUUCCAUGAACUCCAGCAAGCUAGUCAGUUCCUCUUGGACCCGGUCCAAAAGAAAGAGUACGAUGCAAAGAUUUCUCAAGUGACGAUGCAAGAAAUUCAACGAAAGCAGCGAGAAGAACGGAUGGGGGCAGAGCGAAAGCGAAUGGCAGACGAGCUGCUUCGACGGGAAAACGUAGAACCCAAGCGCCCCAAGCACGUGAUCGACGAUCUGAAAGCGAAAGCCAGGAGACAUGUGGAAGAAAUGCAAGCUAAACGGGCACAAGUCGCCCAGGAUCGCGCUAAUUUCUUGGGAAAGAACCUCAAGAGCGGAGACAUCAGGCAGCGAACAAUUCGAGUGUCGUGGAGCAACAGCAAGGGUUCGCACUCGGACCAGACGCUCGUGGAUGCCUUUCGAACGUACGGCGAGAUUGAACUGGUCAAAAUGAAGUCGGCCGAUUCCGCGCGCAUCAUCUUCGUCAAUGCGCUGUCGGCGACCCAAGCUGCCCGUAUUGAAGGCCACAACACCGACACAUGGAAGAAAGUUACACUGGUGGGCCACGCAGUCCACGAGCAGCCCAAAGUCGCGCCCCAUCAUCAUCGUCAUCACUCAGAACCGGACAAGGCACAGCUGGAACUGCACCCUGUAUCACAAGACGAGCUUGCUCAAUUCGAGAAGGUCGUCCUGGCGCACUUGGAGACAUUGGCAAAGCAAGUCGCAACAUAACAGGACAUCGAUCCGUAUAAGAAAUGCUGGCCGUUUUCAAGGCGACAAACGCCAGUAUUAACAAAUGAACGCCAGCUAG